UCUCAGAGUUGGGACACAAUGGAGUACGACAUGCAGCUAGUCCUCAACGAGGACAACUUUGAAACAGCAUCACAAUGGGUUAAUGGAAGCAGUUCCAGCAGCAAGAGCUCCAAAGGUAGUGCCAAUGGCCAGGCUUCCCAAAACAAGGAGAUUUGCAAUUUCUGCAAACACAACGGGGAAUCCAAGCAGGUCUAUUCGUCCCACCGGCUGAAGGGGAUGGACGGCACCGUGGAGUGCCCCAUCUUGCGCAAAUACACCUGUCCGCUCUGCGGUGCCACGGGCGAAAAGGCCCAUACUUUAAAAUACUGCCCACUGAGCCAAGGGAAGAGGUCGCUGUAUCGCAAGUGCGGACGUAACUCGGCUGGACGCAAGGUGAGGAGAUAAGAAGAUCAGGAGAAGACCGAAGCAUUUAUUCUUAGUUUUAGUUUGACUUUGUAAAAGAACAACAUUUGAUUUCGAGCAUCAUUAACACUCUUUACAUUUCCUCCCACUUUGUUUCAGGUUUGGAGAAUGGAAGCCCAAUUCUCUUAGACUACAUUUGUGAGUCCAGAAAUGUUUUUUUAUGUAUAUUGUUGCCUUCUUUCACAUUUGUUGUACCUAGGUUAAUUAUAUUGUGUUUCUUUUAGAUGUGUCAGUUGCCUAGUGUGAUGACUCAUGGGCCCUGCAGUCCUAUUCCUGACAGUAUUGUGGCAGAUGAGGAGGAAAAUAUGGAGUUUUCCCCAGAUUUCCGGUCGGAGUCAGAGCCUUGGCAGCUGCCUGAAGUUCUAGUCCAAGAACCAAUUAAACCUGACCUUGGUGGGAACUCUUCCCCCUUAUGGGAGAAAACAGGCUUACACGACUGAUAGAGGAUCGAGAGAAAAAUUUAGAAGUAGUGCUCGCCUUGCUGCCAAAUAUGCCACUGAUUAGAAGUAUUUCCCCUGAGAAAAUACGGGGAGUCUUGCACCUGCAAGCUGGUUUCCUUCGCUCCCUGUUCUCUAGGGAAAGUGAUUGUUGUUUGGGGAAACGAGACCCAAUAUAGGGAAAUUGCGCGAAGGAUUCCUUGCGGAGUCAAUUCGUCAGCUCCUGGAGAGAGGUCAUGUGUGUGUGGACUUCGAAUCCUGUUCCUUGCCUCCUGAAUCUAGUUCCAAGCCUUGUCCUCGUCUCACGGAUUUACCACAGAUCUUGUUCCAUGCUUCAAGUUGCUUUGCCUUUAGCCACAGCUCCAGCCACGUUCCAAGUAACUUUCAGCCUUGUGUCAAGCUUCAUUGGAUUCAAGACUUUUUCUGUUUUCCCAACGCUUUGCUUGGCAAAGCCUGUGUUGCGGUUAUUGGAUUAUAAUCUUUGGACUCUAAUAUUUCAUAUUGGACAAUAAUCUGCUGGACUAUAUUUGGCCUCAUUUGAAAGGUCUGCUUCUGAACUUUAUUCUACACUUGUUUUUAUUGACUUUAUAUAUUCCUUUAAUAAAGAUAUUAGAUAGAAUCUGGCCUCAGUGUAUGGUUAUUGGUGCCCAGCAGCCUAGAUCCUGACACCUUGUAUCAUGCUUUUUUAUACAUAUAAUCAUGUUUUUUACAUAUGUAAUAUCACGUUCCUUUGACAUCUGUAAUUGCCUUAUAUCAUAUUUUAUAUUGUGUUUUAUAUAUGCAGUUACUUUACAUGUUUCUUUUAUGUAUGGAUGUAUAAUUUUUACAUGUUUAAUUAUAUUAUUUGCAACUAUAAUUGCCUAAUAUCAUGCUUCUUUUAUAUAUGCAAUGACAUCAUGUUUAUUUAACGUAUAUAAGUGCCUUAUAUCAUGUCCGGGUUAUCAUGUGUGUCUCCAGAGGGAUGCAGCCCUAUCCUUUGCAGGGAAAAUAUAGAAAUAUCUUCUAAAUGGCUACUGUCUAGAAUUUUGUUUUGUAAAGAAAGGAAAAGUUUAUAUGCUAUUGGAAAGAAAGAUACUAUUUUAUGUUUAAAUUUUGGAAAGGAAUAGAAUUGGUUAUUAUUACUGUGGUCUAACCUUCAAUUGUUUGCAAGUUGUUCUAAAGUUUGGAUCGUAGAGUUUAAUAAACAGAGUUUAUGGUUUUGGCAUCAAAACUGUUCAUGUUGUGCUUAAAUGGGAUUGAAUUUUCUUUAAUUUGUGGCCCAUAAUAGGCUGGUUAUAAGCCUGAUCUGGAAGGCAGCCAAGGCAAAGACCAUUGAGCUGCUGAACUUGCAGACUGAAAGGUCCCAGGUUCAAAUCCCGGGAGCAGAGUGAGCGCCCGCUGUUAGCUCCAGCUUCUGCCAACCUAGCAGCUUGAAAACAUGCCAAUGUGAGUAGAUGAAUAGGUACCGCUGUGGCGGGAAGGUAAUGGCACUCCAUGUAGUCAUGCCGACCACAUGACCUUGGAGGUGUCUAUGGACAACACUGGCUCUUGGGCUUAGAAAUGGAGGUGAGCACAACCCCCAGAGUCAGACAUGACUGAACUUAACGUCAAGGGAUACCUUUACACACACACAUAUGCAGGGACUACACCAAUUUAACAAAGUUUCAGCCACAAAAACAAAGUUUCUAAAGUAGAGCAAUGACUUUCACAGUAAAGACAACCCAAUUUAACAGGAAAUAAGACUUUCAAAC